CCCUUUCGAAUUGGUUCCGACGGGUAUUUUCGAGUUACAAAAUGGCGGCUCCGAGCGCUCUCUUCAGCGUUCAGUAGCGGCUUCCAGGCUGAGCGGAUGUCUCUUCCCCUCAGUGUCGGACUCAAAGACGCACAGCUCCCAGGCCUGCUGACUACGAAGUCCUCGGAGGCGCUCAGGGCCCCGGAAGCUCCCCGCGGCCGCGACCGCCGCCUCGGCCCUGCUCGUCGCGGCGCCCGGCACCCGGCGCGAUCUACGGCGGCCGCCCAAGAGGUUCACAAAAAUGGCCAAAAGAAUUGCUGAGAAGGAAUUAACAGAUAGGAAUUGGGAUCAAGAAGACGAAGCUGAAGAGGUGGGAACAUUCUCAGUGGCCAGUGAGGAAGUCUUGAAGAAUAGAGCCAUUAAGAAGGCAAAGCGUAGGAACGUUGGAUUUGAAUCUGAUAGUGGAGGAGCCUUUAAAGGUUUUAAAGGUUUGGUUGUGCCUUCUGGAGGAGGAGGAGGGUUUUCUGGAUUUGGUAGUGGCGCUGGAGGGAAGCCUCUGGAAGGACUGACAAAUGGAAACAGCACAGCCAGUGCCACACCCUUCUCCAGCUCAAAGGCAGCAGCAGUGGAGCCCAAGGCAGCAUUUGGUUCUUUUGCUGUGAAUGGUCCUACUACCUUGGUUGAUAAGCAGCAAUGUAAUAGCAGCAAUCAGCUGUCCUCUGGCCCCGCUUCCAGUACAGCCUGCACUGGGAAUACUUAUCACAAGCAGUUGGCUGGCUUGAACUGCUCUGUCCGGGACUGGAUAGUGAAGCACGUGAAUACCAACCCACUUUGUGACCUGACGCCCAUUUUUAAGGACUAUGAGAGAUACUUGGCAACGAUUGAGAGGCAACUUGAGAAUGGAGGCAGGAGCAGUCCUGAGAGCCAGACUGAUAGGGCAGCGACUGGCAUGCAGCCCCCCUCUCUUCUCAGUUCAGCAAAACCACAGCAAGAGUCACCGUUUCCGUUUCGUGACAACAAAGCAGAGGACACUUCUGCAAAGGUGGAGUUUACAGCAGAAAAGAAGUCAGACAUAGCACAAGGAGCAACAAGUGCCUCAUUCAAUUUCGGCAAGAAAAUUGAGAGCUCAGUUUUGGGCUCCUUAAGUUCUGGCUCCCUGACUGGGUUUUCAUUCUCCCCUGGAAACUCUAGUUUAUCUGCCCAAAGUAAAGCUGCCUCUUCACCAUUUUCUGCAUCAGAGAGUCAAGCAGGAGGCAGCAGCAGUGAAUGCAGAGGUGGCGAUGAAGAAGAGGAUGAUGAGCCGCCCAAGGUGGUGGUGACUGAAGUGAAGGAGGACGAUGCUUUCUACUCCAAAAAGUGUAAACUAUUUUACAAGAAAGACAAUGAAUUUAAAGAGAAGGGAAUGGGAACCUUGCAUUUAAAACCCACGGCCAAUCAGAAGACUCAGCUCUUGGUGCGGGCAGACACCAACCUAGGCAACAUACUGCUGAAUGUUCUGAUUCCACCCAAUAUGCCAUGCACCCGAACAGGGAAAAACAAUGUCCUCAUUGUCUGUGUCCCCAACCCCCCACUUGAUGAGAAGCAACCCACAGUCCCAGUCACCAUGCUGAUUCGGGUGAAGACGAGUGAGGAUGCAGAUGAACUACACAAGAUCUUACUGCAGAAGAAGGGUGCCUGAGCACUGAAGCCGACCAAGGGAUGUUACAGCCACAUUGCUGCUUCUCCUCUGCCCCCAAACUUAGUCACAUUCUUUCUUCUUCUUACUGUAACAUUCUGAGAACUUCUAGGUAACGGGAAACUUCUGUGAGGAAGAUUAAGGCCAAUAAAACCUGGGUGUGUCAGCUCUUUUCCCUUCCUGAAAACUAAGCAAAAUACAUUCAAGUGAAAAAUU